GUCAUAGUUUUGCCUUGUUUCUUUGCCAUAGUUUUGUCUAGUUUCCUUGCCAUAGUUUUUGCCUUGUUUCAUUGCCUUGUUUAUUUUGCUACUUUGGACUGCCCUCUGGUAUUUUGACGUUGUGCCUGUUCAUUCGAUUACACUUUUGCCUUGCCCUGGAUAUUACUGUUUGCUGGUGCCUGCCUGUCUUGACUACGAUCUGUUUAAUAAAGCUCGCAUUUGGAUCUAUCACGCUUCAGAAGAGUCCCGUUACAGUUCCCCAUUCUUAGUUACUUUCCCACAGAGUUUAGUUUGAUCUCUAAUUAAAAGCACCUGAAUCAACUUGUCAAAAUCUUUGUGUUUACUUUAAUAACAGCCAGACAUGUCAAAAAUAAACUCAGCAGGAGCAGUGAUGAGGAACCUCCUUUACAGACUCACAGACAAACCUGUUUUACACACGUCACUCAAACACAGAACCAGGAAACAGGAAUCACAUGUGUCUUCAGGUAAAGAGAAACUGAAAGUGUGUUUGAGCUGUUGUGUGUUUGUGUCUCUGUAUUCAUGCAGUAAAAUGGCAGAAGCCAGAUUUUCUCAGGAUGAGUUCUUGUGUCCAGUGUGUCUGGAUCUCCUGAAGGAUCCAGUGGCCAUCCAUUGUGGACACAGUUACUGUAAGAGCUGUAUUACAGACUGCUGGGAUCAGGAGGAUCAGAUGAGAGUCUACAGCUGCCCUCAGUGCAGACAGACCUUCAGUCCAAGACCUGCUUUAGCUAGAAACACCAUCUUGGCUGAAAUGGUGGAGAAACUGAAAAAGACCAAACUUCCUGCUGACUGUUACGCUGCAGCUGGAGAUGUGCAGUGUGACGUCUGUACUGGAAGAAAAUACAAAGCCGUCAAGUCCUGUCUGGUGUGUCUGGAAUCUUACUGUCAAACUCAUUUUGAGCGUCAUGAGGAGUUUCAUUCACGUAAGCCACACAAAGUGACUGAUGCCACUGGACGACUGCAGGAGAUGAUCUGCCAGAAACAUGAGAAGAUCCUUGAGGUUUUCUGUCGCACUGACCAGAAAUGUAUAUGUGUGCUGUGUAUGGAUGAACAUAAAAACCACGACACUGUAUCAGCUGCAGCACAGAGGACAGAGAAACAGAAGCAGCUGAAGGAGACGCAGAAGACGUUCCAGCAGAGAAUCCAGCAGAGAGAGAAAGAUCUUCAGCAGCUGAGAGAGGCUGUGGAGUCUCAUAAGCGCUCUGCACAGACAGCAGUGGAGGACAGUGAGAGGAUCUUUACUGAGCUCAUCCGCUCCAUUGAGAGAAGCCGCUCUGAGCUGAUACGGCUGAUCAGAGAUCAGGAAAAGCGAGCGGUGAGUGGAGCUGAAGGACGACUGGAGCGACUGGAGCAGGAGAUCAAUGAUCUGAGGAGGAGAGACGCUGAGCUGGAGCAGCUUUCACACACACAGGAUCACAUCCAGUUCCUGCAGAGUUUCCAGUCUCUCUCAGCACCUCCUGAAUCUACAGACGGAAAUGAUGAUCCCUUCAUUUUUCUCUUCUCUUUUGAUGGUCUGAGAGAAUCUGUCCAUCAGCUGAGAGACAAACUGGAGGAUUUCUGCAAAGAGGAGCUCAAGAAGAUGUCAGACAGAGUCACAUUCACCAACAUUGUUCCCAGGACCAGGAACGACUUCCUACGAUAUUCCCAUCAGCUCACUCUGGAUCUGAACACAGUGAAUAAACUCCUCCGUCUGUCUGAGAACAACAGAGUGAUUACAUACACUGGCACAGAUCAGCCGUAUCCUGAUCAUCCAGACAGAUUUGAUGUGUAUCAGGUGUUGUGUAGAGAGAGUGUGUGUGGACGCUGUUACUGGGAGCUGCAGUGGAGUGGAGAUCUUGGUGUGUGUAUAUCAGUGUCAUAUAAGAGCAUCAGCAGGAAGGGACAGGGUAAGGAGUGUUUGUUUGGAUCUAAUGAUCAGUCCUGGAGUUUGUUCUGCUCUCCUGACAGAUACUUACUCAUACAGAAUAACAUAUGGACUGAUCUCCCUGUGACGUCCAUCAGCAGUAGAAUAGGAGUGUUUGUGGAUCACAGUGCAGGAACUCUGUCCUUCUACAGCGUCUCUGAUACAAUGAGCCUCAUCCACACAGUCCAGACCACAUUCACUCAGCCGCUCUAUCCUGGGUUUAGAGUUUGGUGUGGAUCAUCAGUGAAACUGUGUUGGUGAAUCAGAAUAGACUGAUGAGAGAUUCUACCCAUAAUGCUUUGAGCUGAUGAUGAAUCAGUAACAGUGAGAUGUUACAGAGUCUCUUCUUUUCUCUUCAUGACAUUAAUACUGCAGCUGAACUUCUGUCACUGAAAUAACAUGAAUCAGAAUAAAUGUGUAAUAAAUCUUCAUAUAGACAGUGAGAUCAGUGUGUGUGUGCUGAGUGAUCAUGUGUUUCUGUGCUUUUCUCAACUUCUAUUUGUCUUGAUGGAAAUUACUCAUUUAGUUAAUAUAUAUCAUGUGUUAAUAUUAUUAUUAAGUAAUAUUGUCAUUUUUAAUCAAU